GAAAACCUCAGCUAUCUAACUAGCUUAGAAGCUUCUUGUCACAGUAUUUUUCUCUGCACACAUAUCCAGCAGCUAGGUAGUGCUAAAAAAGAUCAUACCUCUACAAAUAUCUAUUAUCUACAGUGCUGAAAAUGCCUACAAAUGAAAUAUCGGAAGGUUGGAGUGUGUGUACCGGUGUGAGGCGAAUGUGUUGUUGAACAUGGAUAGAGAUUUACUCAGGCAGUCUGUGGCAUUUCAUGGACAGAGUCUGUUUACUCUGUUAAAAUGUGAACAGAGUGAAAAUCCUGACUUUAAACAUGUCACAGCCGAUCUCGCCAAAUCUGUGAACCAGAGGGAUAAAGAAGAUGACAGUCCUAUUGUGGAACAGUUUAUUGCAAGGAAAGCAGACCUUCUGUUUGCUCCAUCAUGGAAAUCAACCACACCUGGAGAAGAAGAGUGGCAGGAAGAGACCCAAGAGCCAUAUGCCAUCAUGCCUCCUUUGGAGCAGUUCAUGGACGUUUCUUAUAACGAGAGGAGAGAGCUUUUCUACAGAGACGUGGAGCGAGGCGAUGUAGUCAUCGGCAGAAUUACAUCAAUCCGAGAUUUCGGGUUCUUUGUUAAUCUUCUCUGCACUGCUGGGGGAAUGGAGAGGGACGUCGAAGAUCUGGAGAUCACGGGUCUGUGUCCAAUCAGAGAUGUCCCAUCAACUGGAAAUCACGAUGAUCCUUUGUCUUAUUUCCAGAUUGGGGAUUUAAUUAGAGCUGGUGUGAAGGACAUCGACCGCUAUCACGAGAAGCUGACGAUCUCACUUUAUUCCACCUCUCUGGCCUUGAACAUGGAGCGAACCAAAUUGGGUGUAAUAAGCAAAGAAGAUUUACCUCUUCACUACACUCGUGGUGAACAGGUGACCACAGACAGCAGAGAGUCAUACGAGAUGUUACUCCAGAGUUCACUCGGCUUCUCUAACCCGUCCAACGUGGACUAUUUGCUCGGCAAGCUGGGAAUCAGCGACACACAAUCUCACUCCCUAAUGAGAGGAUUACAGAGUAAACGUUUCAUGGAAGAUGAUUUUGCAAGUGCAAUCCGGAAGAAGCAGUCUGCUUCGUGGGCAUUGAAGUGUGUGAAAGCUGGUGUGAAUCAUUUCAAAUCAGGCCGCCAUGUAGAAGCAAUGAAUGAGUACAACAAGGCUUUGGAGAUCGACACCAAUAAUGUUGAGGCACUCGUAGCACGUGGCGCUCUAUAUGCCACUAAAGGCAGCUUGAUGAAAGCUAUCAGUGACUUUGAGCUAGCUUUGGAAAGCUGCCCAACACACAGGAACGCUAAGAAAUAUCUGUGCCAAACACUGGUGGAACGAGGUGGCCAGCUGGAGGAAGAGGAGAAGCUGAUUACAGCAGAAGGGCUUUAUAAGAAAGCUAUAGCUUUAGACGACACAUUUCAUGAAGCGAAGGAAGCACUGAGGAAGCUACAGAUGCACAUCCAGAAAACUCUUAAACUGAAAGCCGAAGAGGCUGCAAAGGAGAAGGAAAAGCAACCAACUGCAGAGACGAGCGCAGAAAAAUUACGUAAGAUCUUAAAAGAAGAAAAAAGGAUGAAAAAGAAAAGGAAGAGGUAUGACUCCACGUCAGAGACGUCCUCGAGCUCUGAUUCCUCCAGCGACGACUCGUCCAGUCGCAAAAAACCCAAAAAGCGAAAGCACAAACGCAGACGCUCCUCACACAGUGGUAAAAAACACAAGCAAAGUGUUUCAUCACGUGGUGAUGAGGAGGAGGAGGAGCACUACCCUGUUCCUGCUAACACCUCAGCAUCCUUCAUUAAUGAGAAACAAACCCUCAUUAAACUGCUCGAUGGAGAGAACAGAGCUGAACACCGAAGACUGUCUCAUGAAAAAAGCAGAGAAGGUAGGUUUGAAGAUGACCCCUUCACCCGGAGCCCUGAGACUGAGGACAGGAAGGUCAAAGGUCAACAUGCGUGCCUCAGUGGUUUAAAUGGCCGGGACAAAGACACAUACAGAGAACGCAGAAGAUCUGAAGACGAACACAGCACUCUGCCGGAAAGUUGUAGAAGCUCACGCAUCACUUCCUGUAGGAAGGAUUCCUCCUCCUCGGCCUAUUCAGAGACCUCGCGCAAAUCUGACUCGCGUGAUUUCGACUCGCGCAAAUCCAGCUCUCGCACGUCCGACUCACGCAAUUCUCACUCAUCUGACUCUCGCAGAUCAGACUCUUAUAAAUCUGGAAGCCAUGGGAAGUCAGAGGUCAGGGAAGGGAAUGAUUGGAACGAUCGUAGAUUAAGCAGCAGUGAUGUGAGCAAAGCCUCGGAGGGAAACCAGAAAAAGAAUUUACCCAACAGUUUAUUGGAUAUCUUUAAUCAGAUUGCUGAAUUUGAGAAAGAAAGAAAGCAGAAGAAAUGAAUGAAAUGCUAUUUUCUGUGUUGUCGCAGUAGCUUCUCGCCUUGAAGGAAAAAAAUAGAGAUGGAGUGAUAAACAUGAGAUAAUCCAGACCUGCCAAUCUUUACACAUUCUGUGUAGGAGUUCUUGCACAGGAAUAUGCUGAUGCAAGUUAUUGCUAAAAAAUGGAAGAUGCACUGAUGUGCGAUCCUCACUUUCUGUCAUGGUAAAUGGAGAAUGUGUGUCUUCCACUUGGCUAACAUUAGACACACAGACACGUAACAACAGUUAAAUAUACUUGUUAUAUAUUAAAUAUAAUAGAGGAACAUAUUAAACGAAAGUGAUUUGGACGAAAGAGAAAAAAGGCUGACAGGAAAAAACUAAAAUAGUCCUACAACAAAGUCUAACUAAUCUAACCUUACAACAAAAUCUAACUUAAAAAAACUAAAAAAUCUACCUCUAAAAAAAAAAUUAAUUUUAAUGAUAACGGUAAUUAGAAAGUGUUUAAAAACGCUGUUUGUUCUGCUGCACCGGUUAGCAGAGACAUGUUCAAGCAGCAGAUCAAAAUGUUGGCCAUGUGGAAACAUUUUCUGCUUUCUACCGAUGGACUUUAGACAAGUGAUUCGUAAAUGAAUGAUUUUGAAAAUAUACGGGACUAAGCAUUAUUCUUCUUCGAGAUUGGCAGGUCUGGAUACACCGAUGAUGCCUUGUAAUAAACAAACAUAAUGGUACCAUGUGUUAAUGUAGCAGUUAUCACUUCUUUAUGUGUUAUUUUUUGUUUUCUGAAAUGAAAUGCUUCCUUGACAAAAAAAAACUUUGUAGUUAAAAACUUUAGCAAAGUGGUUCAUAGGUUAAAAAUAAGCUCUUGUGAGUUUAAAACUACAGUCAGUACAUUUCAAUACAUUCAUGCAGUUUGUUGUCAUUCUUUCUCAGAAGAGGGCUAUACAUUGUGCAGAAUGUAAUCUGGUGUGGAAAUGUGCUGAUUGUAGUUUAGCCAAUAAUUAGAUGUAUAUCUGUCGACUUCACUGAUGCUUUUUGUUUCUCCGUCAGUCUGAUUAAUGUUUUUAGGAAUGUCUGUACAACAUGUAAACCAAUAUAUCCAAGCAUCUCCUAAUAAACUGAGGGUUAAAGCAAAA